AUGGUAGAAGAAAGUGUUGUUGAGCUGGUAGAGAAAUUAGAAGCUGCUGCUUCACUAAAGAAACAUGGUAGAGCGACUAAAAUCAGCUGUACUGUCUUUAAUAGGCCUGAUAUCAGGUUGAAUAGUUGGAAAUUCAACGAAUGGGAUUACGGUAAAUCGAAGAUCCAACUUCCUAUCAAUGCUCGUGGAUUAUUUAUUGUAGAUGAUGAAGCAAAUCCUAGGAUUGUAGCUAGAGGCUACGAUAAAUUCUUCAAUGUCGAUGAGAUGCAACAAACAAGUUGGAGCUCCAUCGAAACCAAUACUGAAGGUCCAUAUGAAAUCACAGUAAAGGAGAAUGGGUGUAUCAUACUAAUUGGUGGUCUAGAGGAUGGUACAGUUGUGGUGUGUUCCAAACACAGCACAGGACCUCGAGAUGAUGUCAACCGAAACCAUUCUUUAGCUGGCCAGCAGUUCUUGGAAAAACAGUUGGCUGAUAAAAACAUAAAUAUCAAGGAUUUCGGGCGUUUUCUUUACGACAAUAAUUGUACAGCAGUAGCGGAAUAUUGUGAUGACACUUUUGAAGAACACAUUUUGGAGUACACUAAAGAUAAGGCAGGUUUAUACUUGCACGGAGUAAAUUAUAACACUCCAGAGUUCAAAACCUGGCCAAUGGCAAAGGUUGUUGAGUUUGCCAAUACUUGGGGAUUUAAGAGCAUUGAUUACUUUACUUUAGAGGAUGAGAAGUCUCUCAGAAGUUUCUUAACUGAAUGUGAAGAAAAAGGCCAUUACAACAACCAAGAGAUUGAAGGUUUUGUGAUUAGAUGUUCUAACAAGGAAACAAAAGGCACAUUUUUUUUCAAAUUCAAAUUCCACGAACCAUAUUUGAUGUAUAGACAAUGGAGAGAAGUGACAAGGGAAUACAUUUCUACCAAAUCACGUCCCAUCAAGUUCAGAACUCACAAUUACAUUACAAAUAAAUAUAUGGACUUUGUUAUACCAUUAUUGGAAAAGGAUCCACAACUAGCAGAAGAUUUUAUGAAUGGUAAGGGUAUUAUCAAAUUGAGAAAAAUGUUUUUAGAAAGCUAUGAUAUGUCAGGCCUAGAAAUUCUCAAUCUUGAUAGGAUCAAAGAGUUGGAAGAAUUAGAUAAGCAGACAGUCGAUACAAUAAAUGAGAAGACAAAGUUCUUGUUAAUUCCUAUUGCUACUAUAGGCUGUGGUAAGACUACUGUAUCCUUGAUCCUUAAUGAACUCUUCCCAGAAACAUGGGGGCAUAUUCAAAAUGACAAUAUAACCAAAAAUAAAACCGAUUACAUAAAGUGUGCUCUUGAGCUCUUUAAGGAUGGUAAACAAUUCGUCAUUGCAGAUAAAAAUAAUCAUCAAUUCAGAGAAAGGGCGGCAGUUUUUGAAUGGGUUCGUCAAUUUAAGGACACUUACGUCCCAUAUGAUUCUAAUGUUCAAAUCAUUGCAUUGACUUUCGUUGAAGAAGUCACGAAGGAAAUGGAAGAAUUAACAAUUCAACGAGUAUUGAAGAGAGGAGACAAUCAUCAGAGUAUCAAGAGUGAUAGUGAAGGACAACAAAAGACUCUGAAAAUUAUGCAUGGCUUUAUGAACAGAUUUCAACCAUUCAAUCCCGAUAAAGCACCAGACAGCCAAUUUGAUUUUCAUAUAAAACUCGAGGUGGGCAAAGAUUCAUCAAUGAAGAAUGCCGUUAAAGUACUCCAAGACUUGAAAUCCCACUACGGUGACGUCAUCCCAGAAGUACCAGAAGAUUCGAAGAUUCAAGAAGCUUUCAACAGAGCACUAGAAUACAAGCCUGUUGUACGUAAAAUCGUUAAAAAUGGUAACAAGGCCUCCAAGAAUCAGUUAAAGCCAAUAUACUUUUCUGCGUCAGUGGAAAGUACCACUAAUUUAAUUCAGCAUGUAGUGGAAACUCUGAAAAAGAACAAAUCAACUCUCGCACCAUUCUUAUCUGAUGUGAGUACCAUUCCAUUCAAGAACGAGUACCAUGUGACUCUCUGUCAUAAAUCUCAAAUUAAGUCCCAAGGCAUUAAAGCGAAACAAUUGUGGGCAAAAUAUACAGAUAGAUAUAGACAUCUUUUGAUAAAAGAUGGUGGUGCUUCUGAACAACCUUCCAAGGUUAUACCAACUGAAGACUCUGUUACUUUCAAAUUAAGAGACCUAAUCUGGGACAAAUAUGUUAUUGUAGCAACCAUUGUUUUGCCAGAUGAACCAAUUGUUGACAACAGUAAUAACCAUGUUUCUGGUUUAUACUGUCUCAAUGAAGUUCCUCACGUUACUCUUGCUUUACUCUCGGAAGAAAAGAAAGCAGUGUACGCUGGACAAUUGGCGAAAGAAGUGUAUGAUUUUGGUAUUAAUGCUGAUGCUGAAAACGAUGCUGGUAUCAUACACUUCGAUGAAGGAUCGGAGGAGACUUUCACGGCUAAAGUGUGUAUCAACGUAUAA